AUGAGCGGGCCAUACUAUCAAGGGUUCGGAGGAGCCACAGAUCCAAAUGAAAGGAGGAUAGUUCUAGUCGGGAAGACCGGAGUGGGGAAGAGCGCUGCAGGAAACACUAUCCUGGGGAGGGAAGCGUUUGAGUCUGAGCUGUCUCCUUCUUCCAUGACGUCUGAAUGCCAGAAAGCUAAGGGGGAUGUCGGAGGUCGAAAGGUCGCCGUCAUCGACACUCCGGGCCUGUUUGACACUAAUUUCAGCGAAGAAGAAGUGUUGAAGAGGAUCAAGAUGUGCAUCUCUCUCUCUGCUCCUGGGCCUCACGCCUUCCUGGUGAUUCUUCAGCUGGGCAGGUUCACCAAGGAGGAGCAGGAAACCAUCAGAAUGAUUCAGACCACGUUUGGUGAAGAUGCAGCUAAAUACACAAUGGUGUUGUUCACACAUGGAGACCAACUGAGGAACCAAACCAUUGAGGGCUAUAUUUCAGAGAGUCCAGAACUGCAAGCCAUCAUUCAGAAGUGCUACCAUAGAUACCAUGUCUUUAACAACGAAAUGAAAGACCCUAAACAAACCAGUCGGCUCCUGGACAAAAUUGACAAGAUGACUAAGGCUAACGGUGGAAGCUGCUACACCAACGAAAUGUUCAUGAAAGCAGAGGCAGCCAUAGACAAGGAGAAGCAGCGACUCCUGAAGGAGUUGGAAAAACAGAAGGAGAAAGAUCUGGAUAAGCUGAGAGCCAAAUAUGUGGAGAUGGCCUACUGCAGGGAGGAGAAGCGGUUGCAUAUAAGAUACGAGCAUGAAGCCAGAGCUCGAGCCGAAAGAUCAAAUGACUUUACCGCUGCUCCGGUAAUAGCUAUAGCAACAGCCUGCGGUGCUGCUGUUGGAGGUGUGCUCGGAGUUGCAGGAGGUCCAAUCGGUGUGGUGGUUGGAAUCGCAGCUGGAGCAGCUGUUGGAGCUGCUGUCGGUGCAAUAUCAGUGAAAGUGUCAGAACGCUGCCAUGUGCAAUAA